AGUCUUGCACAGGUGUAUCAGCUCCUCCCCUCCAGUCUUGCACAUGUGUAGCGGCUCCUCCCCUUCAGUCUUGCACAGGUGUACCGGCUCCUCCCCUUCAGUCUUGCACAGGUGUACCGACUCCUCCCCUUCAGUCUUGCACAGGUGUACCGGCUCCUCCCCUUCAGUCUUGCACAGGUGUACUGGCUCCUCCCCUUCAGUCUUGCACAGUUGUACCGGCUCCUCCCCUUCAGUCUUGCACAGGUGUACCAGCUCCUCCCCUUCAGUCUUGCACAGGUUUAUCGGCUCCUCCCCUUCAGUCUUGCACAGGUGUACUGGCUCCUCCCCUUCAGUCUUGCACAGGUGUUCCAGCUCCUCCCCUUCAGUCUUGAACAGGUGUAUCGGCUCCUCCCCUUCAGUCUUGCACAGGUGUAUCGGCUCCUCCCCUUCAGUCUUGCACAGGUUUAUCGGCUCCUCUCCUUCAGUCUUGCACAGGUGUAUCGGCUCCUCCCCUUCAGUCUUGCACAGGUGUACCGGCUCCUCCCCUUCAGUCUUGCACAGGUGUACCGGCUCCUCCCCUCCAGUC